AUGUGGUCUGUAGUAGAGUUCUUUGAUGAUAAUUCCGUUGAAGUGGUACCGGCCUAUUGGCUAAACAAAAAUACAUGCGCUUGGCCGAAAAAAAAUUCAAAAAAAUUCAUUCAGAAAAGGAUCAAACCAAAUGAAAUUGAGUUCGAUUUUUUAAAGGCUCGUAAAAUGGGAAAAGAUAGAGAUAGUUAUACUUUAGCAAGGGAAAAAGCUAAAAAGGCAGAGUAUACAUCCGACUUAUCAACAACACCAACCAAGCAAAAAUACAAUAAUAUGAAACCUACAUUAAAAACUAAAAAAAAAGAUAAAUGUCAACAAAAAGAAAAUACUGUUUUAUGGAAUCCAUCUUCAAGUGAAAGUAUUGUUGAUGACAAUUAUAAUACCAACAGAGAAUCAAAUUUAAGUCCUAUGGAUGAAAGUAUUCUAGUAUUAUCUGGUACGCCAAGUUCUCCAGCUAUACAGCUAAUCCCGACAAGAUUACCUUCACAAAUAUCUAAUAGUUCUCAAAGCACUGUUAUUGCCGUAAAAAAAAAAUUAAAUUUCAAUAAAACAAGUCAUUCUCCAAGUCCAAUUUCUACACCUGAUAAGACAACAAAAAUCACUGAUGAGAUUCUAGAGGGGAUUACACAUGUUAUUGAUGAAUCUUUCAUUGGUGUAGUCAACACAUCAUCAUCACCAUUUAAGGUUUCUGAUGCAUUUUAUGUAGAUACACAACAGUCAGCAUCCUUUUCCAAUGAACCACAAAUAUCAGCACCAAAUGGAAUACUUGAAUUUCUUCAAAAAAUGAAUAGAACGAUCUGUAAUAUAAAAUAUGAUAUUAAUUCAUUAAAUGAGAAGGUUGAUAAAAUGUAUGAUACUUUAUUAUUGGAACCAAGUCGCUUUGAUCAUUCAUCUACAGAAAAAAAUACUGAAGAUAUAUUCCAAAUGGAACUAUCAAAUCUUCCAUUGGAAACAGAAGAUGAGCUGGAGGAAUUUGAAAAAAAACUUACAGCCAAUAAAGAAUUUAGAAUGAAACUGAUUGCAGAGCUCAAACGUUUUUCACGUAGCACAUUGCCCAGUACUGUGCGUAUUAUAUUAAGAAAAAUUUUUACAGAUGCAUUGCUUGAAAAGUUUAGCUACAAGGGUUUGAAAAAAAAGAAAGUAUUCUAUACCUUGGCUAUAUGUACAGUAAUUUUUGAUGCAAUAAAACAAAUGAAAAAAUUCAAAUUAAGCGAUGCUGUGGAUAUUGAGACACCCAUAAGAACAUUUAUUUCUGGAGCUAAAUUCCGGGAACCAAAGAAAAAUCUACCUAUUUCUAAUGAACUAUCAUCUUAA